AUGUCAAACUCCCAUACAAAAUGCUUCCCUCGACCAGCAGCGGGGUAUACCCAAUCAUUUUGGCGGACAGAACCAGAUCCUCUUGAUAAGCAUCAGACUACACCAGACCUGCCAGAGGAAACUGACAUCCUAAUUAUUGGGGGCGGCUAUGUCGGAGCCUCGGCCGCUUAUCGCUUGCUCGCAGAGAACCCGCAGAAUCCAGCUCCCCGGGUGGUGUUGGCUGAGGCCCGGGAGUUGUGCUCCGGGGCGACCGGGCGCAACGGUGGGCAUUUGAGACCAGAUAUUUAUUCGGCAACAGCCUUGUUCACCGAACGCUAUGGCAUCGAAGCGGCAGCGGAGAUCGUCCGGUUCGAAAUCUCGCACCUGAAGAUCAUUGAAGAGCUGGUCCGUAAAGAAAACAUUGAUUGUGAUCUUACUUUCACCCGCUCUUAUGAUAUGUAUCAAGAUGAAGAUGAACUCAAGACGGCGAAAACCUUCUACGACUCUUUGGUCGAGCAGGGACUGGACUUUAUGGAUGACGUUAAAUACAUGUCUCAAGCUGAGACCAAAGAUACAGCGCAUGUUCGAGAUGCCAAGGGAGGCUUCAGUUUUUCAGCAGGCCAUCUCUGGCCUUACAAACUCGUUUCCCAUCUCAUCCGUGUUGCUGUUUCCCACGGCCUGAACUUACAGACCAACACACCGGUAUCUGAAAUCGGGGAAAGCCCAAACGCAGAUGGAUUCUGGCCAGUAACCACCAGUCGUGGUGUUAUCAACGCGCGCAAGAUUAUCCUCGCGACUAACGCAUUCACCAGCGCCCUGGCUCCAGAAUAUUCCAAAGCUAUCAUUCCCUGUAAGGGUAUCUGUAGCCAGAUAACUGCGGCGCCUGGCGCACCACACCAGGACCUGCCUGGUACUUAUGUGAUCCGAUCUGGCAAGGGAUCGUAUAUUUAUCAAAUCUCCCGGAAUGACGGAACGCUCAUCGUCGGCGGAGCAUCGAAUCUUUUCAAGGAUGAUCGGGGAGAGUGGUAUAAUAACCCCGAUGAUGGGAAGUUGAUUAAAGUUGCUGCGGAUUACCUCGAUGGCUAUAUGCAACGCACGUUCCUUGGGUGGGAGGAUAGCGAGGCGGAAAUUAAACAUGUCUGGGCUGGUGUUAUGGGAUACAGCGCAGACUCGUUACCUCAUGUUGGUAGUAUUCCGGGAAAGCCGGGUCAGUUUAUCGCGGCCGGAUUCAAUGGUCAUGGUAUGCCUGUUGCAUUCUUGUCUGGUAAGGCUGUUGCGGAUAUGGCCCACAGUUCAGUUGCAUUUGAGGAUACUGGUUUACCCAAGUUGUACAAGACAUCAGUUGAUAGACUGGAGCCAGUUUUUGAUGAUAUCCUAGGCUAG